AAAUUAUUUAUCAAAAUGUUAAGUGUAAUAUUAAGAAGAAAUGCUUCAAGAAGUAUAGCAAUUAGAGGUAGUCAUGGAUGGGAUAGACCAGAUGUACCUUUAACAGUUGCAUAUUAACAUAAAAGAAGAGUAUUUAGUUAUUUUAUUCUUUUAUAGAUGGAUGUAUUUGAUACAAAUUUAUGGUUUUAUUGUGGUGUAAUGCCUGAAUAUUUUAUUAAUUAGAGUAAUUAUUAAUUUGAUCAUAGAUGAGGCAUAUUUACGAUCAGCUUAAAAUACUGUAAAAUAUAUGAUACUUGAUUCUAAAUAUAUUGCUGCAGCUUUUGUAGCAGCUAUUUUUACUUAUGAAGUAUUCUAUGAAGCAAGAUUCUGGAACAUUUAACCUGAUUAUUUAAAAAACCCUGUCAUAAACUAUCCAAGAAAAGUAUAAUAAGAUAGACCAUUCUUAGUUAAACAUUUCUUAGAUAUAAGUAUUCAAUUUUAUAAUUAUUAUUUUAUAGGUAUAACUGGAGAUAUGGGUAUUUAAAAAAUGGUUCCUGGAGAAAAGAGUUUUGCUACUGAAUUAUUAGAAACUUAUGAAGAAUAAAAUAAACAUAUUUAACUGAUGAAUUUGGAAGCCAAAACAUAUAUUGAAAGAGUAGAAGCUGAAUCUUAAUAAACUGUUGCAAGAAGACAUGGAUCAGUUGAAGAUCAUCAUCAUCAUCAUUGAUAUCAAUCAUCAUAAAUAAUCAAAAG